AUGACGGCCCAUCUAUUCAGCCAUCUUCUGCCAGCUAUACCACUCAUCUAUACCACUCAUCUAUACCCAUCUAUACCCAUCUACCGCUAUCUGGUGCUAUUUCUGCUAUCUUUUUCAUCUAUACCCAUCUAUACUCAUCUCCUGCCAUCUCUGCCAUCUCUUCCAUUUCUGCUAUUUCUGAUAUCUAUACCCAUCUCUGCCAUUUCUGCUAUCUAUACCCAUUUAUUGCCAUCUACUGCUAUCUCUACCAUCUCUGCUAUCUCUACCAUCUCUGCCAUCUCUGCUAUUUCUGCCAUCUAUACCGAUUUCUGCUAUUUCUGCCAUCUCUGCUAUCUUCUGCCAUCUCUGCUAUCUGCUAUCUCUGCCAUCUAUACCCAUUUAUUGCCAUCUACUGCUAUCUCUAUCAUCUCUGCUAUCUAUGCUUAUCUACUGAUAUUUACUGAAAUCUAUAAAUAUUUACAGCUAUCUAUUGUAUUUUCUGCCAUCUCUACCAUUUAUUGA